UAGAGAUCACAAAUCCCUCUUAAAAGCAUUGUGGUUGUACUUCUACAAACAAAACACUCAUACUUCAAAAAUGACCAAAUUUCUGUUCCUCUUCUUAUUCUUCAUUUUGUGUUCUUCAUCAAUAUUAGCCAGUGCAGUGGUGCCUGUCUCAAAGACAUUCAAUAUUGUCAAUCGAGGAGCAUUACUUUCUGGAAUUGUUGAGUUCAAUGCAGAAUUCCGCCAAUUAAGAUUCGCAAACUACCCAUUUCGUCUUUGUUUCUACAAACCCUUCUUAGCCGAUACUUACAUUCUAGCUAUUGGCUUGGGAAAUGGCGGAAACACGCGCAUACGAUGGGUUUGGGCAGCUAAUCUUAAUCACCCUGUUGGCAACAAUGCUAAUCUCGUUUUUAACAGCACUGGAAAUCUCGCCUUAAUCGAUACAGAUGGUCGAGUUGCUUGGCAAACUAGCACAGCAAACAAGGGUGUAGUUGAUAUUAAACUACUCCCUAAUGGCAACUUUGUCCUUGUCAACAAAAAUGGUGAAUUUGUCUGGCAAAGUUUUAAUCAUCCUACUAAUACUCUAUUGGUAGGACAAGCUCUUAUUCCUGGAAGUUCAAGUACUAAUAAGCUGGUUAAUGGGGCUUAUAGUCUGGUUUUACAAGGCAAACAGCUCGGUUUAUUCUUCAAUCCCAUCUCAAAAUCAUCAUCAUCCAACCCAUUGAACUAUUUCAAUUUGAUAGAUCCAGUUCUUCAAAGUUCUGUUUUGAAAAGUGUCACCUUCAACAUCGCCCCGGACUCAUUCGGAGCCGAAUCCGCUAAUGAAUUAGGACUUUAUACCUCUCCGAGUACCAGAUUCAUUCUAGCUCAACCUAAAUACAAUAGUACAUUAUCAAUUUUUCGGUUGGGUGCGGAUGGUAAUGCAUAUAUCUAUACUUACUUCGAAAAGAGUAACGAAAGGGAUGCCUGGGAGGAAACUUAUGCCACUUUUUCUAAAAAUGGAACCAAUGAAGAAUGCUUAAUGCCAGAGAAGUGUGGGUCGUUUGGUCUUUGCAGCAAUAACCAAUGCGUGGCCUGUCCUACACCAAAAGGACUAACUGGUUGGAACAAGGAAUGUAAACCAUCAAGCUUACCUUCUCGCGGUGCUAGUGCAGCCAAGGUUGGCUAUUACAAACUUGAAGGUGUCGAUCGUUUCAUGAGUGCUGCUAGUACUGAAGCUGAAGGACCAAUGAAGGUCGAUGCGUGUAUGAAGAAAUGCAGCGAUGACUGCAAAUGUGCCGGUUUCUUCUACAGAGUGGAUAGUUCUAUGUGCUUGCGUACUUCCCAAUUUUAUACCCUGAUGAAGCUCAGUGACGAUUUAGGGAGUAACAAACUGUCUACUGUUUACAUUAAAUACGCAAAGUAGAAGUCCGUAAUCUCACUCAUUUCAUGGAUUUUAUGCACACAAAAUUGUAAUCUCAGUUCUCUGUGUUAUCUUUCUUACAUAUAAGCUAAGCUGUUAAGGAUUUCUGUUUUCUGUUUGGCAUCUUCUGUACUUUUGCUGCACCAUUGUAAUGUAUUUAGCACAUUUUGACAUG